CCGAGGCAUCAGGACAGCACGUUAGCUAAGUCUCUCAUUUAGCGGUCAUCUUCCAGUCACAGUGUCUGGACACUGGGCUUUGGGCCAACGCAAGAGUGGUCCAUCUAUAUCAACGGAGCUAGAAGAAAUUCCGCUUAGGUCGUUCGCACCCUCGACCUUAUUAGGUGGCCCAUCUCUUCAAGCAUUCGCAAUGAAAUUCAGUUCGGCAUUAAAGUUCAAUGCUGUCUCGGAUUGGUGGGAGGAAUAUAUCGCCUACGAUAUACUCAAGCGAUACAUUUAUCAGCUGGAGAAGCGGCAGCAACGCCCGGAUGGUAUAGAACCGUCCUAUCAUGACUUGGAGGCCAAUGAACAGACGACCCUCGUCGACCACACUGAUACGCCUAGCGCGGACAGUCUAUUCAAACCACUACUGGACAGAGAGCUGCAGAAGAUUGUGAGGUUUUACGAAGCACAGGAAAAGGAGUUGAUGGGUGAACUUGCGGAGUUGGAGCAAUCUAUCACGCAGCACGACGAGGCUGGGCUUGAGGCGGGACUCAACUAUAUGGACGAAGACGAAGAAGACGAGGAAGAAGACGAGGAAGAUGAAUACAACAUGUUAACCCGAUCUGACAACUACGGCAAAGGGUCCCGACACAGGCGCCGCAAAUCGAGCUCCGUCGGAUAUGGAACACGUUUUGCAACAGGUUCUAUUCGUGAGGAGCCUCCAAAUCGCCGCUUCAGUGUCUCUUCUAGCGAAGCAGGAGAUUUAGACGCAAGUGUCUUAUCUCUUGUCCCGCGUCCACGAUCAGCAUCGCAGGUUGCAUCUGGUUCGCGUGGCGCAAACGCCAGCAUGUCUCCGAUGGGGAGAGCUCGCAGCUUGGCUAGCCGGCUGAGGAGUAUGAAGGAUAGUGUAACCUCCGUUGGAGACACCAUCUGGACCGCAAAGAGCAACUAUGCAUUGGAUACCCGAUUGCUUUUCAAGCGAAAAAUAACCAACCUUUACGUCACUUUCUGCUCGCUGAGGUCUUACGUAGAGGUCAAUUACUCUGGCUUCCGCAAGAUUCUAAAGAAGUAUGACAAAGUCAUGUAUAGCGAGCUCAAAGACCGUUACAUGCACGAAGUCGUGGAGACUUCCACGCCAUUUAGAGAAGAGUCGAAAGCCAGAGUGUCGGAUGCCAUUGCCCGACUCACCGAUCUCUAUGCCAAAUGUGUGACAAAUGGAGACAAGUUAGUAGCACAGCAGCAGCUCAAGCUGUACCAGCGCGAACACAUUGCGUGGGAGCGGAAUACAGUCUGGCGUCAAAUGAUUGGGCAGCAGCGACACGGUACUGUCGACGGGUUGGGUGCUCUCAUGGGCGCUACGCUGGUACAACAGGAAGAAAGUAGCCUUAUUGAUGUCCCGACACCUCUUGGAAGUCUGAAGUUGACAAAGAAGAGGGUGUCGUUGACUGUUGCGCUAGCUGUUUUCAUCGCUUUAUUGAAAAUGGACAUCGUCGCUGGUGAAGAGGCCAAUAAGUGUUUUGCUGUACUUGCAUUCAGCACCAUAUUGUGGGCGACAGAGGCAAUACCCUUGUUCGUGACAUCGAUUUGCGUCCCCCUCUUGUUAGUCUGCUUACGGGUCAUCCGCGAUGACGACGGCAUUGCCUUGUCUACGCCCGAUGCAACGAAGUAUAUAUUCUCUGUCAUGUUCUCGCCCACGAUCAUGCUUCUGAUCGGGGGGUUCACAAUCUCUUCGGCUCUGAGCAAAACCAACAUAGAUCGGAUUCUAAUUACGAGAGUUCUGAGCCUCGCAGGCUCAAGACCUAGUUCCGUGCUUCUUGCCUUUAUGGGUGUCUCCUGUUUUGCGAGCAUGUGGAUUAGUAAUGUUGCAGCUCCAACACUGUGCUUCACUCUCAUCCGACCGAUCUUGAGAACGUUGCCACCUGGCUCGUCUUUUGCGCCAGCGCUAAUUCUCGCCAUUGCCCUGGCCGCUAACAUAGGUGGCCAGAGCUCACCGAUAUCGUCUCCACAAAAUCUCAUCGCACUCGCGGCGAUGGAUCCUAAACUCGAUUGGGCGAGUUGGUUCGCUGUGGCACUUCCGGUGUCCAUAAUCUCUAUUUUGCUCAUCUGGCUGCUAUUGCUUGUGAUGUACCGCCCUGCUCGUUCGCCUGACGGGGAGGGAGAGAUCGAGAUUCGGACUAUUCGCCCAACAAGGGAAUCCUUCACCCUCAAGCAGUAUUGGGUUACACUUGUCUGCUUGGUCACGAUUGCUCUCUGGUGUUUUGAGCACGAAAUUGAGGGUCUUGUGGGAGACAUGGGUGUUAUUGCUAUCAUUCCAAUUGUGGCCUUUUUUGCUACCGGUGUGCUUAAAAAGGACGACUUUGAACAAUUCGCUUGGACAAUUGUUUUCCUGGCAAUGGGCGGAAUUGCUCUCGGCAAGGGUGUUACUUCCAGUGGCUUGAUGGUGACUAUGGAUGGGAUUAUCCAUCGCCUGCUCGAGGGUCUCUCCUUGUACACUGUCGUUCUUGUCCUCUCCCCGAUCGUUUUGAUCGUAUCGACAUUUAUCAGUCAUACGAUUGCAAGCGUGCUACUUGUGCCCAUCGCGAAAGAGCUUGGAGAAAGACUACCCGGCAGCCAUGCAAAUCUGCUCAUCUUUAUGACUGGCCUCCUUUGCUCUACGGGAAUGGGUAUGCCUGUUUCUGGAUUUCCUAAUCAAACCGCUGCCGCCCAAGAGGAUGAGCUUGGACGUCUUUAUCUUUCCAAUAUGGACUUCUUGAAGAAUGGCGUGCCCGCCAGUAUUAUCGCCACUCUUGUCGUUGCUACCAUUGGGUUCGUUCUCAUGACAGCCAUAGGACUCUGAUUAAUCCUUGGACCAUCGCCACGUACAUGCACGCAGUUCGGGUAAUAGACUGGGGUUCUUGAUUGAGAGAUAUCCUGCGUGUAUCGUGCAUCAUACCUUGCAAUACAAUUUACAGCUGCAGAGCACUGAUAUAAUACUUGAUAGCAUGUCUUCUUGUGGAUUUGACUCCCAGUUCAACUGACAUUCUGACGAACAAUAAUUCACGACA